GACGACGACGGGUCCACUCGUGACUCGUGCCCCCGUGGCCCCACCACCAAAUGUGAACUGGCCGCAGGAGAUCCGCGACUCCGCGUGGCGAGCCGCUCGUUGCACGCCAGAGGAGCCGCGCUGAUCUUAGCGAGAUGUUGUUGGGACAGCUAGGUAAAAGCCACCCCCCUCGGGCCUCGGCCUCUCGCUCCUCUUCCAUUGUAUAAUCCUCUUCCCUCCUCCACCCACUUCACCUGGCACACUAGUGGCCACUGCACUGGUAGUAGUAGCCCAGUACUGGCACCGCUCUAGCCCAGAUCAAAGCUCGGGAGAAGAGGGAGAGGAGGUAGUGCAACAUAAAUCCCGAGUCCCACCAAAUCGCAAGUCCUAGCAGCUUCCGGUCUGCAACUGCAACGCCGCGGGCUUGAGUGCGAGAGUGCGCGUGGGGGAUGAGGCGGGUGGCACCGGCGAUGACCGCCGCCAGCAGCGCUGCUGGCGGCGAGGAGACGGCGGUGGUGGAGAAGACGCUGCUCAACGGGGACGUCUACCGCGGCGGCUCGCCGCACGGGAAGGGCAGGUACGUGUGGGCCGACGGCUGCAUGUACGAGGGGAACUGGCGGCGGGGCAAGGCGUCCGGGAAGGGCCGCUUCUCGUGGCCGUCGGGCGCCACGUUCGAGGGGCAGUUCCGCAGGGGCCGCAUCGACGGGCAGGGCGUGUUCGUCGGCCCAGACGGCGCCACCUACCGCGGCGCGUGGGUGGCGGACCGUCGCCACGGCCUGGGCAACAAGACCUACGCCAACGGGGACUGCUACGAGGGCCAGUGGCGCCGCAACCUCCAGGACGGCCACGGCCGGUACGUCUGGGCCAACGGCAACCAGUACAUCGGGGAGUGGCGCGCCGGGGUGCUCUCCGGCCGCGGCGCGCUUAUCUGUGCCAAUGGCAGCCGCUACGACGGCGUCUGGGAGAACGGCGUGCCCAAAGGGUCAGGGGUCUUCACGUGGCCCACCGGCGGCUCCUGGCCUGGGAGCUCGGUAGACCUGCCGGCCAUGAGCGCCACUUUCUUCGCGCCUCCUGGUGCUGUUGCUGUGAGUAGGAGGUCUUCUGUGGAGGGCGUGGGGGACAAGGCGACCCCGCGGAUCUGCAUAUGGGAGUCGGAGGGCGAGGCUGGAGACAUUACCUGCGACAUCGUCGACGCGCUCGAGGCGUCUAUGCCUAUGCUCUUCAAGGAAGCCGCGGCUAUCGCGGGUGGAGCAACUUACAUGCGAUCAGCCAGCGGAGUCCCACGCUGGGCGUCGGCGGUGGCAACCACGCCGCAGAGUAAACGACCCGGGCGGACCAUAUCCAAGCGACACAAGAAUUACGAGCUUAUGCUGCAGCUGCAAUUAGGCAUCAUGCAUUCCGUGGGGAAGUCUUCGGCUGUGCCGAUGCGAGAACUGGAACAGGGAGAUUUUGAUCCAAGGGAAAAUGCUUUGUCCUGGACAGAGUUCCCACCAGAGGGUUCGAAGGCCACACUGCCGCAUUCAACUGGGUACUUCUGCUGGAAGGACUACUGCCCCAUGGUGUUCAGGCAUUUGAGGAAGUUGUUUGCUGUGGAUACAGGGGAUUACAUGCUUUCGAUCUGUGGCAAUGAUCCUCUGAGGGAGCUGUCUUCGCCUGGGAAAAGCGGGAGCUUCUUUUACCUUACCCAAGACGACCAAUUCAUGAUUAAGACAGUGAAGAAAUCAGAAGUCAAGCUGCUACUUAAGAUGUUAAAUAGCUACUGCAAACAUGUCGAUCGAUACAAGAACUCAUUAAUCACGAGGUUCUAUGGUGUACACUGUGUGAAGCGCCAUAAUGGACAGAAGGUCCGAUUCAUUGUCAUGGGUAAUCUGUUCUGUUCUGAAUACCAGAUUCAUCGCCGUUUUGAUUUGAAAGGUUCAUCAUAUGGACGAACAGCAGACAAGUUUGAAGAUGAGAUUGAUGAGACAACUACACUCAAGGACUUGGACCUCAAUUUUGUCUUCCGGUUGCAGAAAUCUUGGUACACCGAUCUCCAUGAACAAUUGAGACGAGACUGCGAUUUCUUGGAAUCAGAAGGGAUUAUGGAUUACAGUUUCUUGAUAGGAAUUCACUUUUGUGAUGACAUCUCUGCCUCAAAGAUGGGAUCCUCUACUUUUACUGCUUCUCCAAAGCGUUUAAUCAAGAGUGAAUCAUUUCAAGGUGGUGGCACAACAGAGCUUUGCUUCUCAGAUGAUGCUUUUGAUAUGGUACCUGAUUGCAGCCGGAAAUCUUUGAUUAGACUGGGCGCACACAUGCCAGGCCGGGCAGAGCAAGCAUCCAGAAGGAGCGGGUUCGUAUUCCCAAACCAGACCGGCGAAGUGCACGACGUGAUUCUCUUUUUCGGGAUAAUUGACAUCCUUCAGGAUUACAGCGUCAAAAAGCGGCUCGAGCAUAGUUACAAGUCAUUGCAGACAGACCCCAACUCGAUCUCUGCCGUGGAACCCAAGCUCUACUCGAGGAGGUUUCAAGAGUUCAUCGGCAGAAUUUUCGUGGAAGAUGGCUAACACGCAUUGGGUACAGAUUAACCGGUGGAGCAGCAGCUCAUCGGCGGCUAGGUAACUAACCGUGAAGCCUCGGGUCAGCGGUGAAGGGGAUCUGAGUUCGAAGCAAACUUGCCCCGAAUUCUCUCCGAAAACCAUUCGAGUGGCUGGAUUUUUGAAGCGCAGCCAUGGGAUCGGAUGGUUUUGUCUGUAAAUUAUGUGAUUGGUUCUUCCGGCUACAUUAUAGCAGCAGUUUGUUUGUCCUCCUUAAUUUAGUUGGAGGUUUUUUUAUCUUCACCCCCCCCCCCCCCCCCCCCCCCCCCCCCCCCCCCCCCCUUCCCCUUCUGUAUAUCGGUCCGAUGUGAAGAAUCGGGCAGUGAGUUUUGUUUCCAGAAAGGAUUAUUUAAGGGCUUUAUAGGGUGCAUGGGAUUGAUGGACAUAUAAUCCAUGGAUUAUAUGAUACUUACAAGGCAUUAUAUGUCCCUUGAUCCCAUCCAAUCUGCAUGUAACCAAAGUCAUAAGGCUGCGGCAGGCAGUGAAUAAUAAGAUCGUGUACAGAUACACCUUGAUCCUGGGAAUGGGUGGAUUAGAAUUCAA